UGAGAACCUGCCCGAUGGUCAUUGAGAAGCAGUGUUAAAACGGUCAGCAAUAAAACUAAUGACCACGUGUCUGGUUUGUUAACAAGGCAAUAUUUCAGAAAAAAAUGACGUUUUACAAAUCAUUAUAGUUUCUCGGACCAUGAUGAAUGAGUAUCGUUGAUAAUUAUCAUCAUGCUUGUAAUGAAACUCUUGUAAUAGAUUUGUGAUUGUAAAAUAUGGAAAUAACAUAAUAACAUUAUAUAUACGAAUAAAUAUGGAAAAUAAUAAGACAAAUUAUUACGUAGAUAAUUGUUUUGAUAUGGAACUUAUUUCUAAAUCUGGAAAACUUCUUGGAAAAGGACAAGUGAAUAUUGAACAUUCUUUUAUGUAUGCUAAAUUUUGUGACAAAUCGCACAAGAAAAAUUUCGAUUUUAAAAUCUCACUUAAGGACAUUCUUGUAGUAAAGGAGGUUGAUGGUACGUCAGACGGACUAAUUAUUGAGAUAUACUAUAUAAAACAUGAACUUCACAGAAUGUUGAAAAUGGAAAGUAUUAGAUUUAGAGCGGUGGCAUCUGAGGCAACAUAUUUUCAUAUUCUGAUGGAUGACGUCAUUCAAGGUUUCUCUCGUCCAAGAAAGCUUCUAGUUUUCAUCAAUCCCAUCAGUGGUAGGAAGAAGGGUUUAAAAAUUUACCGACAACAGAUGGCACCUAUUUGCAAGCUUUGUGGAAUAGAAUGCAGUGUGAUAGUUACUAACAGACGUGGUCAAGCGCUUGAAAUCCUAGACAACUACGAUCUGAGUAGUAUAGACGGUAUUGUAACUGUUGGUGGAGAUGGGAUUUUUUCUGAAUGUGUAAAUGGACUUCUUCGUCGACAUCAAGCCGAACAUAAUGUAGAUAUCCACGACACACACAGUCGUCUGCAGCCAUGUAAUAUACCACUUGGAGUGAUACCAGCUGGUUCAGGAAAUGUUUUAUUAGAGCUAUUGCAUGGCAAUAAAGACGUACAAACUGCAGUUUUAAGGAUAAUUUUAGGCGAUGUGACGCGUACAAACGUAGCAGGAGUACAUCAGGGUGGGGUUCUGUCUGUUUACGCCUGUUUAAUAUUAGGAUUUGGACUGUGUGGACGUAUGGUAAGGGACUGCGAAAAAACAAGAUGGAUGGGACCUAGACGUUACUCAAUUGCUCCAUUGAAAGCCUUGCUUACACGAAAAAUGUACGAUGUAGAAGUUAGUCUGUUGAAGAAAGACAAUGAAUCCUUUAUCAAACAAUCAAACAGGAUUGUAACAAGGACAAAAUCUUAUGAUGUUCGAAUGGGGAAAUCUUCUGUUAGAAAACAGAGGCAACAUUUAGUUAUAAACCGGAGUAAAUCUUUAGACAUUAAUGAAAAUUCAAAAUGUCAUGCCAUUGAAAGAGGAAGAGUCUCUUUAAAAAGGAGCGUGUUUUCUAACGUGUCCGCUACCUCACAGACUAGAAGAAAUAGUGUAUUUAAAGCGUCCAACAGAGUUGGCUCGAAUCAUGAAGUGAGAGUGUCGUACAAACACAAAAAUACUGUAUCAGACAUAAAUAAUAAGCCAAUAAACUCUGUCCAAAGUUCAGUACACGUUGAUCGAAGUAUCAAAAGGACUUACUCUGGCCAGAACCACUUGUUACGAACGAAUGCACGUGUAGAUAAAGUUUAUCUAAAUUCCCCAAACCGCGGAAGAAAUACACACAUCACAAACGGACUUUAUUCUGAUCCGGAAUCCUGUGAUGAUAUCUCAAACUUUUUACCUGAUGAUGAUAAAGAAAACUAUGUGAUUCGGGACCGUGUUUACAGUAUCGAUACUUGGAUUCCAACGUUAACGGAUAUCAGCGACCAUUGUCAUCCAGUGUUUGGUGACUCUAAAAUUACAGCGCACUGUGUCAAAGAAUGCUCAUUCGGUGAUCAUUUAAAACAUUUAUUGAAAGUGAACGAAAGAGUCGCAUAUUGUUUUAAAUUUGAUUUUGUCCAUGCACUCAGAGGAAGAGGAUAUAGAGUACGAAUAUUUGACACUGGGGAUUCAAGACAUCGUAGGAAAUACUACAUUAACUAUGAUGGUGAUUCUCUUUUAUUGAAGUCUUCUGAAUUUGACGUCAGGUUGCAUAGAAAUAUUAUUAAACUUUUUGGAACGAAAGAAGAGGAUGACAUUUCAAGUAAUGUUAAAACCUGAUAUCUUGACAAAACGAAAACAAAUGUUACCACAGAGAAGUUCAAAACUUAAAGACACUUUUAAAGUGUAUUGUGU